AUGACGCCAAACCCCUUCGCCGAGGUCGUCGUUACGGCCAACGGAAAUAUACCGGGUCAGACACAUUCUGGCAUCAAACGUCUGGUCGAGAAAUGUGGUGCGAGGUUUGAAAAGCUCAAUAUCAACGAUUGCACACAUAUGAUCACCACCCAGAAAUAUGUGCAAAAUGCAAACAGCAAAGUCGAUGCGGCCCUGAAAGGCAAGAAUUGCAAAAUUGUCGGCAUGGAAUGGUUACUCGACUCUUACUCUCACAAACGCCCAGUCAGCACCGACGGAUAUCUGCUCAAACCAGUGGAGGAAAAUACCCCGGGGAGUUCGCAGCUCACACCAAACUCCCCAGGGUUUCCAGAGAGCAAAAAGCGCAAGUUUGAGGCAGAGCCGGAACCCGCGGAGGAGCCAUCGAAAGUACGAAGGAACAAUCUAGAUGUCCAUCGUAGAGGAUUGAUCGCCCUCGUGGAUGAUCGAUACGAUACUAAAGGGACGGAAGUAGCACUUUGGAUGGACGAGCGGGAUGUGCGCUGGGAUGCCAUACUGAUCAACAAUCCAUUGAAGAACCCACUGUCGGAGACAAAUCCAAUAGUGCCAAAGCACAAGGUUGCCAUGCAUCGUUUGCAAAUUCUAUACCAUUUCAGUUCCGACAAGUACUACACAUGGUUGCGACUGGUGGAUGAUAAGACAGAAGAGGGAGAACUCUACGGUUCCGGUGCCCUGAAAUCCGCAUACUCUGAGUUCAAGAGGCUGUUCCAAACUUUGACUCUCGUUCCUUGGACCAAGCGCCGCUUUCUCCCUCUCCCUCAUGAUCUUCCGGGUGGUCUGGAGAAGGAGAACUGGUGCAUUUUCAUUCAGCCUCCAUCGGAGGAAGAAAAGAGGACACAUCCACCAUGGGUCGAAGAAGUAGAGGUCCCAACGAAAAUACCCCGUGGGGUACCGGGUGUGCUGAAGCUUCUUUUCAGCGUUUCCAACAGAAUCGCGAUCGGUUCUCUCUUCAACGAGGUAGCUGCCAGUCGGAUCAAAGCUGCGGAUGCUUCUCAAUUGGAUGAAAAUACCCUGCGAACCGCAAUUACAAUUCUCAACCAGCUCAGUAUGACGUUGGCAGAGCCCUCGAAGAAAAUGAGAACCCGAAGCUCCACCACCGAAACGACUGAUAAGACUCGCCAGGCAGGCUUCCUGAAAGAAUGCUACUUCGGUCUGCUGGGUAUCAUUUCCCACUGCUCAACAUCAUAUCCGCAAUGUACAGACAUGGACUGGUUGAAGCAGGAGCUUCAAGAUGUUCAUCUUCUGCUGAAGCUGCGAAUCGCAUGGAAUAUAGCCGGUCCUUAUUAUCGCCGCAUUCCUACCGAGGUGUCGCAACAGGCACUGCGAAAUCUAGGGCUGGUUGAAAUCAAACGGGUUCGGAAGAAAAGUCAAGAGUAUGACUUUUUAGUCGACUAUCUCAAACUGUCAGUUGGGUCACAACACACGGUUGAAUACAAGGAAAUCAUCAACAUUUUUCGGAUCCAACGUCCCGGGGAAGCUGAGCGAUACCACAAGUGGAGAGAAGCGAACAGCGACAAGAUCGGCCAGCGAUGUUUACUUUGGCACGGCGCGGACUGCGAGAAGUUCAUCGGAAUCUUGGGUCAGGGAUUGCGAGCUGGUCUCGCCCAAAAGAGCUCAGGCGGAAUGUUUGGUGCCGGAAUAUAUUUUGCCGACAUGUCUGGCAAAGCCGCUCGGUAUUGCACUAGCCACUUGCUCCAGGUAUUUAUGCUUCUCUGCGAGGUUGAGAUUGGCAAAGAUCCUCUGAACGUCGAGAAUUGCGAGCGUAACGCAGCGGCAAUUCUCAAAGACCAGGGCAAAGUUGGGGUUGUUGCUCACGGCCGCUCAACCCACAAUGGAUGGAUGAAUGCAAAAACCGUCCAUCGUCGCCUAGAUGGUGUUCGCAUGCCAGACGUCUCUAAAGGAAGGGGGGAUCGGCAAGCGCAAAGCCUGGCAUACAACGAGUAUGUGGUCUAUGACCCGGCCCAGAUCCAGCAACGAUACCUUUUCCAUCUGAGAACCGGCUGA